CGCGGACGGCGGCCUCCGGGCGCGCGCUCGCCGCAGUCCGACGCUCCCCUGGUUUGCGAGGCCGGCGUGCGCUGCCCCGAGGCCCCGAGCGCGCGCCUCUCCGGCUCCGGAUUCCCUGGCCAGGACAGCUAUGGCUCCCGACCCGGUGCCGACCCCGGUCCCGGCCUCCGCUCAGCUGCACCAAACGCGCUACUUUACUUGGGAGGAGGUGGCGCAGCGCUCCGGGAGGGAGAAGGAGCGAUGGCUCGUGAUCGACCGGAAGGUGUACAACAUCAGCGACUUCACCCGCCGCCACCCUGGUGGCUCCCGGGUCAUCAGCCACUACGCCGGUCAGGAUGCUACGGAUCCUUUCGUGGCAUUCCACAUCGAUAAGGGCCUUGUGAGAAAGUAUAUGAACUCUCUUCUGAUUGGAGAGCUGGCUCCGGAGCAGCCCAGCUUUGAACCCACCAAGAACAAAGCACUAACCGACGAAUUCCGGGAGCUGCGGGCCACAGUGGAGCGCAUGGGCCUCAUGAAGGCCAACCACCUCUUCUUCCUGUUCUACCUGCUCCACAUCCUGCUGCUGGAUGUGGCUGCCUGGCUCACUCUUUGGAUCUUUGGAACAUCCACGGUGCCCUUCAUCCUCUGUGCAGUGCUACUCAGUACAGUUCAGGCCCAGGCAGGUUGGCUACAGCAUGACUUUGGGCACCUGUCAGUCUUCGGCACCUCCACAUGGAACCACCUGCUACAUCAUUUCGUGAUUGGCCACCUGAAGGGGGCUCCUGCCAGCUGGUGGAACCACAUGCACUUCCAGCACCACGCCAAGCCCAACUGCUUCCGCAAGGACCCCGAUAUCAACAUGCAUCCCCUCUUCUUUGCCUUGGGGAAGGUCCUCUCUGUGGAGCUUGGGAAACAAAAGAAGAAACACAUGCCAUACAACCAUCAGCACAAGUACUUCUUCCUGAUUGGACCCCCAGCCUUGUUGCCUCUUUACUUCCAGUGGUAUAUUUUCUAUUUUGUUUUUCAGCGGAAGAAAUGGGUGGACUUGGCCUGGAUGCUCAGCUUCUAUGUCCGUGUCUUCUUCACUUACGUGCCCCUGCUGGGGCUGAAAGGCUUCCUGGGUCUUUUCUUCAUUGUCAGGUUCCUAGAGAGCAACUGGUUUGUGUGGGUGACUCAGAUGAACCAUAUCCCCAUGCACAUCGAUCAUGACCGGAAUGUGGACUGGGUCUCCACCCAGCUGCAGGCAACCUGCAAUGUUCACCAAUCAAUCUUCAACGACUGGUUCAGUGGCCACCUCAAUUUCCAGAUCGAACACCACCUCUUCCCCACCAUGCCCCGACACAACUAUCACAAAGUGGCACCCCUGGUGCGAUCCCUGUGCGCCAAGUACGGCAUCAAGUAUGAGUCCAAGCCCCUCUUCUCAGCCUUCGCCGAUAUUGUUUAUUCAUUGAAGGAGUCUGGGCAGCUCUGGCUGGAUGCCUACCUUCACCAAUAGCGGCAGCCGUCCUCCAUCUGGGGGAGAAAGAGGACAACUGGAGCCAAAGCGAGGGAGUCUGAGGGACAAUGCCACUACGAAUCUGAUGUUUAAAGGGUUAGGAGGCAUAGAUCUUUGUGCUCACUCCUGCCCGUUUUGCUUUCUAGGUACUGAAUUUGAGGGAGGGGAGAACUGUUGGGGUAGGGAUAAAAAGCUAUUGUUUUUUUUCUACUUUGGCAGAGGCAAAUGGUUGGGACCUAUGAAACCCAGCAUAAAGUAGGAACCCUGCACUAGAUAUUUAUUCCCCUCUUGUAAAGUGUGAGCCCGUCUCACUGAGCUAUGUGUCUCUUCACCCUCCUUGUUGGUCUGAGAGGGUCAGGAUGACCCUUUUGAACGAGAUUUAGAAAGGGGCAUUCAUGCAUAGAAUCCUGAGGCCUGGCACAGCUCCCUGCCCAGGAGCUUAGCUUGCUGCUGAGGGCUGGGUGUGCCCAUGUCUGCCUCUGGUUGCUGGAGAAGCUGUUUUUUAGUUUCAGAAGCAGGCAGGGCAAAGGUUAGGAUUGUGGUUUGGGAGGCAUUUGGCUCUGGAUGAUCCUGGCACACAUAAUUCUUGUCUCCAUCUAGGUUCCAGAGAGAACAUUAGAUCCUAGCUCUUGACAAAAUGGAUGGCAGAGUUACUGGUCUUUAAAACGCUUCUAAUCAGUCCCCAAGGAAUACACAAGCAAGGAAUAAGGUCUUUCCUUCUACUGAAUAAUUAGGUUCCUAUAGUUUCCUUUUGUGUCCCAGCCUGUAAUUCUAAGUUCAACAAAACACUCAUCAACAGUGACUGGGGUUUCUGUUAGUGUCAGGGCUCUGCGCAGCUGCAGGGUCCCUGAUCCCUAUGUCAUGUUCCAGCAUUAUAUAGCACAGUUUCAUAUCACAAACAGGAAGGUUAGUAACUGAGGUCUGUGAAUGUCACUGCUGCAGCAAGGCAGCUCCUCUACUUGUUCAAGUGUCUUAUUCUACUGGCAGCCAGAUAGGGAUUUAGGAUAACUUCUGACAAAGUAUGACAGUCUAAUAAAUAGGGUUUUGUAAUCUUCUGGUUUGUAAAAGAUAAGAACGGUCUAACUCGCCCUUCUAAAGAACAUAGGAACAUACCUGGAGAGUCCUAGCCUGCCCAUCCACUUUCAUGCUCUCGUUCCCUAAACCCACGGGCAUUAGUCUGUUGCUUGCUCAACAUAUUCUCCUUAAUGCAUACCGACCAUCUAUCCGUCUGGAAUUUGAGAGCCUCAAGCCAGAAGGCGAAGUACAGUGCAUGUUUGUGGAGAAAUGGCAAGUGGUCCAGAUGAAGGUGUUGACGGAUGCUGGGGUAUGGUAUAGAGAGAGGCAGGGUUCCUAGAGUUUUCCAGGAUAAUGCUCAGAGACGGCAGGUUGCAGAAGAGUUCACAUAUUUUCCAGCGAUUGGUGUGUUGGCUCCUUCCCUCAAGAAUAGGUGCUGAUCCCUCCCCAUGCCCGUUCCCUAACUCCUGGGAUAAGGGUGUGGCACCACUAGUCUGUCUAGCUCACUGGCUUUGAGCCUUCAGCUGCCAGUCUGAGCAAAUACCAGUGAUCUCUGUUGUACCAAGACCAGGGCUUCAGAGCAUCUGAACCAUUGUGGCCUUCCCAACUCAGCCUUCACUGUGGCUUUUGCAUAGCCACAGGAGACAUCAAGUGACAAGACUCAGAAUGUUACAGUGGUAAAGUAAGGUAUCUCAGUCCACUGACAGAUAAAACAGGGUUAGAGGAAAAGUCACCUCUGCUCAUGUAGAUAGUGGCAGAACAUCUGAAUUUAACCUUGUUAAAACUCUAGCUUCCAUGUCUAUCUUUAUUGCCUUCAUCUUUCUACUUCCUGGCCUAAGGCAUUUCCUUUCAUCCGGCCUAACGUCAGUAUCUGUGUGUGCCAAUGUCGUUACCACAUCCUGAUGAAGCUGAAAAAUAAAAAUUAAUUUGGACCAAAAGAA